AUGGGACGCGGGGAUGGAAGGGACGGGGAUAGAAGGGACGGGGUUGGAAAGGAAGGGGAGGGAAGCGAAGUGAAGGAGAGGAGUAAGGCGGAGGAGGAAAAGACGGAGGGGGCGGAAGGAGUGGAAGAUAAAGUGAGGGAGAGAGCGAAGGGAGAGGACAUGACGGAGAAGAGUGAGGGGGAGAAGAGGGAAGAGGAGGAGCGAGGGAGGGAGAAGCAGGAUGGAAAGGUGGUCCGUGAUUUGCAAGAGAAAAGCGAGGCGGAGGGGGGGGAUGAGGAGGGGAAGGGGGGCAAGGAGGAGCGGAAGGGGAAGGAGGGAUCAGUAGUGGAGACACGAAAUGCAGAGGGGAGGGACGACAUGGUCGCCCCUGAAAGGAUCACCAGGCGGAUUCUUGAGCCGACUGAAAAAGCAGCGGAGGAGAAAGGCAAGGCAGAGGGGAGGGACGAAAUGCGUGCGAGUGAAAGGAUCACCAGGCUGACUGCGUUUCGGACGACUGAGAAGGCGAAGGAAGGGGAGAAGGGGAAUGAGUGCGAGAAAAAGGGUGAGAAGGGGAAGGAGGGUGAGAAGGAAGGGGAGAAGGGGAAGGAGGUUGAGAAGAAAAGGGAGAAGGGGAAGAAGAGUGAGAAGGAAGGGGGGAAGAAGAGUGAGAAGGAAGGAGAGAAGGGGUAUGAGGGUGAGAGGGAAGUGGGGAAGGGGAAGGAGGGUGAGAAGGAAGGGGAGAAGGGGAAGGGGGGUGAGAAGGAAGGGGAGAAGGGGAAGGAGGGUGAGAAAAAGGGUGCGAAGCGGAAGGAGUGGGGCAGCACAACAGUUUCUUUGGCCCCACCACUCUCUACCUCUCCUUUACCUGCCGCACCUAACCAGGCCCCACCAAUCUCUGCCCCUUCCUUACCUGCCGCACCUAACCAGGCCCCCCCACUCCCCACUGCUUCCCGACCUGCCGCACCUAACCAGUCUCCACCACUCUCUACCCCUCCCCUACCUGCCAUCCCACCACAAGCACCUGUGCAUGGGGGCCCGUGGGGCGGAGUGGGGAAGGUUCAGGUACUACCAGAGAGCGGGAGUGAGAAGGGAGCAGCACCGGAGGGAGUGGGGAAAGUGCGGUUAGAACCAGAGAGCGGGAGAGAACAGGGGGAGGCGCAGGGCGGAAUGGGGAAGGUGCGGUUAGAAGCAGAGAGCAGGAGUGAGAUGGAGGAGGCACAGGGGGGAAUGGGGAAGGUGCGGUUAGACUCAGACUCAGAGCCCAAGGCGAAGAGGAAGAAGGUGAAGCGAUUGAGCAGCAUACAUGGACCGCACGGAGGGGCUGCUUCACCAAAAGAGACUCUUGAGUCGACUCAAAAGUCACUCUCUGGUGCCUCGAGGAUUGGGGAUGGUGCAAUGGAGUGUGAAGGGCGGGAGAAGGGGAAAGAAGAGGCGAGGGGCGGAGGCAGGGACGAGGGGAGGGGAGAGGAGAAGGAGGAGGAGAAGGAGAAGGAGGAGGAGGAAGGGGAGGAGGACAAAAGGGAGGAGGAGAAGGAGGAGUACGAGGAGGAAGAGGAGAAUAGGGAGGAGGAGAAGGACAAAGAGAAGGAGGAGGAGAAGGAGGAGGAGAAGGAGGAAGAGGAGAAGGAGAAGGAAAAGGAGAAGGAGAAGGAGAAGGAGAAGGAGAAGGAGAAGGAGAAGGGGAAGGGGAAGGGGAAGGAGAAGGAGAAGGAGAAGGAGAAGGAGGAGGAGAGAGCGAGAGCGGCGAAAGGAGGCCGAGAAAAAAUGCAGAAGAAAGGAAAAGGGAGCUUUAAAGGAGAAGAAAGUGGAAACGUCUCAGAGGGGGAUGAGGAGGAGGGAGGGGAGGAUGUAGGGGAGACCGUGCGCAAGAUUCAUCGAAUGCGGACGCCGCGUCCGUCCUUUGUCAAGUUUGUCACCCGCCACGUCAUCGCGACCGCGGAUAAGGGCCUGGAUCUGCCCGGGCCGUUCGUGAAGCGCCACCUGGCGGGGUCCGAUCGGAUGGCUGUGAUUGGCCCGGGUGAAGCUGCUGCUGCUGGUUCUGCUGGUGCUGGUGCUGGUGGUGGUGGUGCUGGUGGUGGUGGUGCUGGUGGUAGUGGUGCUGCUGCAGAGACGGCGGAUGAUUGUGCAGUUGGGAUUGGAAAGGGAGAUCGGAGUGGGAAGGGGCUGGUGACUGGAAAAGGGGGCUUCGGGUUGAAUGAGGUGGGGGUUCAGGCACAGGGAGGAGAGCGGGCAGGGAGUGCAGCAGCCAAAGUGACAGGCAAGGGGGAGAAGAGAGUCAAGAUGAGCAGCGGUAAAGUGGGAGUGAAAAAGAAGAGGCAAAAGGCAUUCCCGCUUUACCAGGGGCAAGGACCAGGGGUGCUGGUCGCAACUUCUCCUGCUGUCCCCCCUUCCCCUGCCACUGCUGCUGCUCGCCCUGCUACUACCACCUCCCAUGGGAUUUCGCCUGCUCCUCUUGUUCCCGCCUCACCCAAACCUCCUGUCUCUGCUACACCUGCUGCUGCUCCUGCUGCCGCUGCAGCUACUGCUGCGGCUGCUCACGCUGCCUCUGCUGCUUGCGUUGCGAACCCGCCUCCCUCGAAAGGGAGAGUACGUGUGGCUCCACCAGGGGGGUGGAAGGUGGCCCGCCUUGUGCCCUCCACACGAGCCACUCGCCCCGUGCCCUCCGCUGCUGCUGCUGCCCCUGCUGCUGAUGCUGCUGCUGCUGCUGCUGGUGGUAGUGCUGCUGGUGGUGCUGCUGGUGGUGCUGCUGGCGGUGCUGCUGGUGGUGCUGCUGGUGGUGCUGCUCCUGCCCCUGCUGCUGCCGGUGGUGCAACUUCAGCAGCAGCAGAAGCAGCAGCAGCAACAAAAACGGAAGCAGCAGUAAGCGCAGCAGAUGAUGGAAACCCGAGAGGGCAGGACAGGGGCACGGACGACCCGUACCUGAGCAGAGGCACGGCCGACCCAAACUUGAGCAGAGGCACGGACGACCCGUACCUAGCUACACUGUUAUGGGUGCAGCGAGUGUGGGCCGAGCACCAGGCAGCCUUGGCCCGAGCAAUGGAGGAGGAGGAGAAAGAAGAAAAGGCGGAGGAAGAAAAGGGGAAAGAAAAGGCAGAGGAAGAGGAAGUGAAGGCCGAGGGGGUGGUGGAGGCAGAGGAAACUGGGGAGGAGGAGGGGAAGGGAGGUUCGGAGAGGGAGGGAGAGAGGGGAAAUGGGGAAGGGCGGGAUGAGGGGCGUGCUGAUAAGGGGGAAGGUGAGGAGGAGGGGGAGGUGGGACGGAAGAGGCAGAGGAAGGGGGAUGAAGUGGGGACAGAUGGUUUGGAGAGGAGGGAAGUGAAUGGCCAUCGUUCUAUUGGUAGUGGUCUUGGUAAAGGCUCUGGUAAUAAGAACGGUGAUGGUCCUGCUGCAAUCCCAUCUGCUGCAGCCGCCUGUGCAACAGCCGCCACAGCCGAAGUGCGGACACAGGCAACAAAGCCGGAGGCGAAGCAGGCAGGGAAGGGAAAGCUGCCAGAGAAGUUUCCUGGGAAGUAUCCAGGGAAGCCGCUUGGAAAGCUGUCAGGGAAGCAGGGGGGGAAGACAGGGGGAUGGAAAGGGGCGGGAGGGAAGAAGGGUGGGGCAAAGGCAGGAGGGAGCAGCAAGCAGGCAGCAGAGAGCAUCGAUAAUGAGAUUGCGUCCUCUCAGGUAAACCGAGCGUCCGGUCCUUCUGCUGCUGCGGCACCAGAUGGUUUUGCAGACGCACCUGACGAAACACCUGAUGCAACACCUGAAGGAAAACCAGGAGGAAAGCCUGGAGAAACACCUGGGCCUUUUAAAGCGCCUGCCAAGAAGGUGGUCAAGCCACGUGCCAAAACACAGAACAAAGCACCUGGAAAUUCGCCUGGCGGUUCUCCUGCCAUAGCUUCUGAGAAAACACCUGGUAAAACACCUGGCUUGAAACCGGCUGGAGAGAGGGUGCCACAGAGGGGUGUGAAGGGGCGGUGGGUGCGGGCCGGGGCAGAUGUUGAGUCGAGAGGUCCGUUGGAUCCCAAAGCCCCUUCGGAGGCCAAAAUCCCUUCAGAGUCCAAAGUCCUGCCCCAGACUACCCAGAGGAGUGAGGACGGUGUUUCAUUGGAGGGGGACGAUGAAGGGGAAGGGGAAAUGGAAGAGGGAGAGGAAGGGGAAGUGGAAGGGGACGGGGAAGGGAUCGGGGCAGGGUUUGGGGUGGAAGAGGGGGAAGAGGAGGAAGGGGAGGUGGAGGUGAUUGAAGCUGGACUCGCAACCAUGCCACGUGCCACUACUCCCCCCUCCACCACCACCACCACCACCACCACCACCACUGGCACCACCACCACCACCACCACUGGCGGCACCGUCCCGAACACUACUGCACCGCUUUCCACCACUCCCACCACCGCCACACCCACCACCACCACACCCAACACCACCACACCGACUCCCACCACCACGACGACCACCACCACGCCUCCUCCAAGUGACAGCAGCGCUCUGAACAGAAAGGCCUCGCUGCGAAGCCGUGUGCGCCUGCCAGCCACCACAGCGUACCUUGGGGUCACUCUCAAGGCCCCCGGGCGGUACCAGGCGCGCAUGCUGGCGCGCGACGGGACACGUCAGCGCCACGUAGGAUUCUAUGCGACUGCUGAGGAGGCUGCGCUGGCGUAUGACGUGGCAGUGCUGCGCGUGCACGGGGUGCAGGCGAAGCUGAAUUUCCCGGCGGAUGAGCGGAGAGGGGAGGGAGGGAAGGAGGCGUCGGGCGGGGGUGGUGACGUGGCAGGUGACGUGGCAGGUGCGGUGCCAGGUCAGCUUUCGGGGAACUUGGACGGUUCGUUGCCCCCUCGAGGGGAAGAUGGUGCCGAAGCUGCGGGCGCGGGUGGGGCCGAAGCUGACGGCGAGGUUCGGAAAGGCAUGCAGAAGAAAGCAGCGAUCAAUGGGAACGAGAAGGGCAAAGAGGAGGAGGAAAAGGAGAUUCCACCAUCAGAACCCCCUUCCCCAGUUGUCACCUCGUCUAACUCCCUAGUUCCCCAGAUGUUACCUCCCCCAGUCCCCUCGUCCACAGUCAGUCGCAAGGUGAGGAAACGCCACCCCCCUGGGCCCCGCCCCUCUGCCCUGGCCCCAUCUGCCUCCAAGAGCGCUGGUCAGGUGUUUUCUCAGGUGCGCCCUCAGGUGCCUGCUGGCCAGGUGUUUUCUGAGGUGCAGGUGGGGAGUGAGGGGGGUGGGGUUGGGGUGAGGGCGGUGGGUGAGGAGCAUGAGGGGAGUGCAAUGGAGAUGGUUGGGGUGGUGGUUGGGGAGGUGACUAUAACGGGGGCAGUGGGGGCAGUGGGGGCAGUGGGGGCAGUGGGGGUAGUAGGGGAGGUGGGGACAGAGGAAGGAAAGGAGGGACAGGAGCCGGGAGAGACUGCCGCAGCCCGAGCUGCCAGGUGUCAGCAGAUGAUUGGGCCAGAGAGGGACACUGUGAAGAGCGGUGGGAGGGGUGAGAUGAUGGGAGGGACUGGGCAGGUGGAGAGCGGUGGGGAUGGGAGUGGCAGGGUUGAGAGCGGUGGAGUUGUGGGCAGUGUGGUGCAGGGGGAUGGAGGGAGGGGUAGGGGUAGGGUAAGGAAGAGACAAAGGCCAGGGAGGGAUGGGGGUGAGCAGUGGGAGAAGCAGCAGGGGGGUAGAGGCGUGGGGAGGGGCAUGGGGCGGGGUGCGGGGAGAGGUGUGGGAAGGGGCAUAGGCACGGGCAUGGGCACGGGCAUGGGCAUGGGUAUGGGCACGGGCAUGGGCAUGGGAAUGGAAGGGCUAAGACCACAGGAGAAGGAAGGCACAGAGGAAGAGCAUGCGGCUAUGCCUUGUCAGCAGCAGCAGCAGCAGCAGCAGCAGCAGCAGCAGCAGCAGCAGACUGAAUCAUCAGCCCCUGUAUUAGCCGUCCCUCCUCAGCCCUCCUCUCCCCAUCCCGCGCUCCUCUCCCUCCCCAACAUGCCACCCCCAUCCCGCCGUCCCUCCCCCGCCCCCACCACCACUACAAGUCCCCUCACUCCCCCCUCUGCACCCGAGUCCUCACAGCCCCGACCCGGACCUGGUUCUUCCGAACGUGUUUCUUUCGAACCUGAGGAUCACAGGUCAGGUUCCAGACCUGUAGGUUCCGAACCUGCUGGUUCCGGACCAGCUGGUGCGCCAGGGGAUGCUGGUGGUGUGGAUGGGUUGAAUAAGAAUGGUGCUGGAGGGUGUGAGAGCAAUGGUGGUGGUGCUGCUGCUGAUGGGGAUGGUGGGGAUGUUGGGGGGGGUGGAGGGUGGUUGAGGGGCUUGGAUUUGAAUGAAGAGUGUGAGGAUGCUGUUAGGGAGGCGUGGAAGGAGGCAGGGGGUGCUGGGACACGCCCUGUGGGGUCUGCACCCACUGCCUUUGAGGGGGGAGGAACAGCACAAGCGGCACGGGGAACAGCGGGGGCAGCAGGGGGGGAGGCAGCGGCAGGGGGAGCAGCGGCAGGGGGAGGAGCAGCAGGGGGAGCAGCGGCAAGGAGGGCAGCAGGAGCAAGCGAGGCUGCGAGAGGACUGAGGUUGGCAGCAGCUGUGGGCGGUGCAAUCGAGUCUUGCUUAGGGGGCUGGGCGGAAAGGGCGGGAAAGCAGGUACGGGAAUCAGAGGAGCGACGAGGGGAAGAAGGAGGCAGGAGCAACAGCAAGAGCAACGGCAAUGGCAAUGGCAAGGGGGAUGGUGGUGGUGGUGAGAAGAGCAAGCAGCAGGAGGCAGAGGAGGAGGAUGAGGAUGACGAUGUGAUCCUGGUGUGGGAGGGAAGCCGCUCCUCCCCUCCUCCUUCCUUCCCAUCCUCCUCUCGUGCUGCUGCUGCUGCCGCCGUCUCUCACGCUGCUGCUCCUGCUCCUCGCUUUCCUGCUGCCCCUGUCCCCACUGCUGCUGCUGCUGCUGCCUCUGCUACCCCCGGUCAGCUGCAAGGCUUGAGCCUUGCUUCUUACUUCCACACUCCUCCCCGUCCAUCCACCCUCACCCCUCCCCCACCACCACUGUCAAACCUCGCCGUCUCCCUCCCACCAGCCCCUCCCCUCCCCCCACGCCCCCUGCCUUCCCCUCAGCAGCUGCCAACGCAGGGCCAUCCUUCCUCUAUUCCAGCCCGCUCUCCCCACCCGCACGCGGCAAGGUUCAGAGCACAGGGGGCUUGGCGGCCCUCCCUGCCUCUGCCCUGGGAAUCUCCACCGCCCUCUUUUGGAACUACAUCCCGAGACCUGCCGCCCGCUUUCGGGCCUGCGCCUCGAGAUUUGCCGCCCUUUCCCGGACCUACGUCUCAGCCACGGGGUCCUUUGGCUCGGGAGGGCCCCCGCCCGUCCGAACCUGCGGCCUGGCAGCAGGAAGAGGUGGGUAGAGGGAGGAGGGGCGGUUUCGCAGACCUAAACGCUGCUGUUGCCGAUCCUGCAGAGACUGGAGACAGUGGGAGCAGCAGAGGUGGGAGCAGCAGAGGUGGGAGCAGCAGAGGUGGGAGCAGCAGGGGUGAGAGCGCAAGGGGAGGUGGCCUCAACAGAGGGGCGCUGGGGCAGGGAAGUGAGUUCAGGCAAGGCAGAGGCGAGCAGGCACACUUAGAACCACCAGUAGCACGGCAGGGGCAGAGAGGGCAGACGGAGCAGAAGGAGCAGAGGGGACUGAGGGAGCAGAUGCAGCAGAUGCAGCAGGGGUUGCAGGGAGUGGUAUCGCGUGGGGUACAGGAGGCGGCAGGUGGGAGGGAGCGAGAGGCAGCAGGUGGCGAGAUUAGGGGGUGGGCGGGAGACCGGGUCAGGGAUGGUGCUGUAGGGAGGGAAAUGAGAGAAGUGACAGUGCAGCAGGGAGGGGUGGAUGGUGGGUGGCAGAGGGAGCAAGUGGCUGCACUCUCCUCCCUCGCCUCCCUCUCUUCUCUCUCCUCUCUCACUCCCCCCUCCUCCCACUCUCCUCCCACUCCAGCACCCAUCUCAGGCGGACCCUCCCAGGCCCCACCACCAGCCCACCCCCACCACACCUCUCGCCCCUCGCCCCGCCUCUCACCCAUCUCCACCCCUCUGCACCACCUGUCCUCCCUGUCCCCUGAUCACAGGCGCAGGUUCCUGCAGGGGCUGAGGUUGGCUUUAAGAGGAUCGCAGGCUCCUGUGGACGGUCCAGAUGCGACCAGCACCGGGUUUGGGAGAUCUCAGCCGUUUAAGGGGCCUGAGGGGCGAUCAUAUCCAGGCCGUCCCCCCUUCCUUCCUUCUCCACAGCAAGAGCUGCAGCAGAAGCAACAGCAGCAACGUCAAGAACAGCAGCAGCAGCAGCAACAACAGCAGCAGCAGCAGCAACAACAGCAGCAGCAUCAGCAACAACAGCAGCAUCAGCAACAACAGCAGCAGCAUCAGCAGCACCUGCAGCAGCAUCAGCAGCACCUGCAGCAUCAGUAUCAGCAGCAACACCAGCGGCAGCAGCAGCAGCAGCAGCAGCAGCAGCAGCAGCAGCAGCAGCAGCAGCAGCAGCAGCAGCAGCAGCAGCAGCAGCAGCAGCAGCAGCAGCAGCAGCAGCAGCAGCAGCAGCAGCAGCAGCAGCAGCAGCAGCAGCAGCAGCAGCAGCAGCAGCAGCAGCAGCAGCAGCAGCAGCAGCAACAGCAGCAGCAGCAAUGGCAACAACAUCAGCAGCAACAGCAACCGCAUCAACGGCAACAGCAGCACCACCCCUCCCACCCAUCUCAUCCGUCUCGUGCCUCCCUUCCACCUUCUCCCAUGCACCAAUCUCGUUUCCCCCUCUUUCCCCCCUCGCCUUCCAGGCAACUCCCAUCCCCUCCGAACCUCUCCUCUCCUCCCAUCCUCCCCUCCCCUCCAAACCUCCCCUCUCCUCCGAACCUCCCCUCCCCUCCGAACCUCUCUCCCUCCCCAAACCUCCACUCUCCACCAAUCAUUCCCACUCCAGCGAAUCUCCGUUCUCCACCGAACCUCCCCUUUCCCAGCCAAUCAGACGCCACAAAUCAACCCCGGCCGGCACAGGCUCGGAUAAACCAAUUCCCUUCGCCGAGCCACCCCCGAGCCUCAGAACACCCGCACAGCCCGCCGCUCAGCCAAACCUCACCUCCGAACCUCCGCCGAGCCUCAUCGUAUCAGCAGCAGACGAACCGAGCAGCCAGUUCCAGCCCACUUUCAGCUCCGAUGGGAACCGGUGCUGGGUCUCCCUCACUCUCCCUCACACUCUCCUCCCCUUCCCCUCCUACCUCCUCGCCUUCACCUGCCCUUGUCACCAGUGGAAACCCCAACUCCAUAGGUCCUCCCGCCACCAUUCAGGCUGCUGUUGCUUCCUACGCUGCUGCUGCUGCAGGCACCACAGCUGCUGCUGCUGCUACUGCUGGUGGCAGUGCUGGUGGUGGUGGCAGUAGCGCUGGUGGUGGUGCCAGUGCAACUGGCGGGUCGGGAGCGGGAGGGGGAGGGGGAGGGGGAGGGGGAGCGGAGGAGGAGUGGGCGAUGGGGCGAUUGCAGGCCCUGUGUGGGCAGCGGCGGUGGCGCUGUAGCUGGGCAGUGGGGCGCACACGAGCAGGGUGA